AUGGCACAGUUUGCUAACGGAAAACUGAAUUUGCGCGAAAUCAUUGGUUCAAUGGUACAAGAUAUUUCUCUUGUUCCUCAAGUGCUAUUAAAGCUAAGUAUGGAUGAUGUUUUUUUACAGAAAAUUGUUCGUGGACUAUUAAAUAAACUUAUGCUUGAAAAAUCUUUUCACAAAAUAAAGCAACUGCUUCAGAGUAAAUGUGCUGAUUUAAUCCUUGGUAAUUGUGGGUGCCCUAGAGCGGUUUUAGAAGUUGUUUUGAAUCGAGAUUCAUCUAAACGUGUAAUGGAGUGCGCGAUUUUGCUAUUUGCGGCAUUAUACGAAGCGCAGGAGACAAGAACAUGUGCUGUUAAGCUAACAUGCAAGGUUCUAAAAUGUGCUAAGAUAAACGUGGUGCAUGAAAUUAUGAAUAAAUUGUUCGGUUUUUAUAAUAUUCACAUAAGUGGCUCGGAAAGUGAUAUUUUGAAAAUCCCGUUUGAUGUGCUAGAUCUCCAUGUUUCGAUGGAUCUGAUGCCUAUUAUUUGUUCUUAUACUGCUUUGAUCAAUGGUCCGUUAUCUCCGUUAUCUUUUAGUCCAGCUUUUUCCAACCAUUAG